AACAAAAAUAGCAAGGAAGGAGUAAAAGACUCUGAUUGCGCUUAUAAAGCUUGUCUUAAGCAAGGCAGAUUGUCGAAUUUUCCAAAAUUCAUGAAACCAAAUAUAUUUCUCUAAUAUACUGACACAAAAACCGAGCUUGUGUUCCCUGUGUAUAAGUUAGACAAGAUGGCGGCUUACCUGAGGAACGUCUUUAUCACUGGCUGUAAUCGAGGAAUAGGACUCGAGUUUGUCAAGCAGUUUCUUCACCUUCCAAAACCUCCUCAAAAUCUAUUCGCCACUUGUAGAGCUUUGCAGCAUGAAGGAUCUCAAGAACUCCGGAAUCUCACUCAAGAACAUCCCAACUUACACCUUCUGCAGCUAGAUGUGACCAAUGAAGAAGAUAUUGCAAACGUUGCAGCUGAAGUUGGUAAAGUUUUACAAGAAGAAGCGCUGAAUUUGGUCAUCAAUAAUGCAGGUGUGACAGCACAUGUUACUAUAGAGAGCGUGACUGCAGAUGAAAUGCUCUACAACUUUCAAGCAAAUGCUGUUGGUCCACUAAUGAUCGUCAAAGCCCUACUUCCAUUCUUGAAGCGAACAAAUAACGCCUUCAUUGUGAAUAUAUCAGCCAAGACUGCUUCUGUUGCUGAUAAUACUUCUGGUAAACUGUACCCUUCGCGUGGCAGCAAAGCAGCUCUCAACGCGAUUACAAAGUCACUGAGUGUAGACUUGCAACCGUACGGGAUUACCUCGAUAGUUAUGAAUCCAGGGUGGGUGAAGACACCCAAUGGUGGUCCAAAUGCUUUGAUCACGCCGCAAGAAAGUGUGACUAGGAUGAUGAGGGUUAUCUCAUCUUUAGAUCAGAGUAAAUCUGGCAUGUUCUUCGACUAUAAAGGAGAAAUUAUUCCUUGGUGAAAUAUAAUUAAUGAAUCAAAAUUAUAAAAUAACUGUUAUGAAUCUUGCAUCCUGAUUAGAUGGGAGCUUGUGCUCUAUGAGAGCACACAGUAUGCAUGCACACUUUCUAUUUUGUCAUUCGUAUCCAAAAUAAUGGGAAUUUUAAUUCGUAUUUUAUGGAAGAAAUAAAAAACUUGCUUGCUGUAAUGUGUGUAGUGUGCUAUGCAUCAUGCUUCUCCUAAAACUUUUCUCGUGUUCUGCCAAUCUCAGCAAUUUCACACAAAGCACACAUGCACGUUUUUCAUUUCUUCAGUGGAAGCUGGUAGUGAUUUUGUAUUAGCCUUUACUUCUGUAAUAUAUAUAUUUUUUAGAGGGGGGGGGAUGGUCUGGUUGAAACAGAACCAACUGACUUAGUGGCUAUGGGCCUGUUUUAUGUUUUUAUCAUAAAGCAUAAAAAUAAGCAGCAGUUUUAUAGAGCAGAUGAAGUAAAACCAUGAAAUAAAAUCAAAAUUGAUAUUGACAAAUAGUCAUGUUUAGUGACUAAUACUUGCCAUCACUCAACCAGAACAAUUCAUAACAAAAAGACACAUACACAGUUAUUGAUUAUGGUUUUGCAUCUCCAUGUUCUCUGUUGCUUUGAUAAAAUAGUAUUGUUUUAUGUAAACAUGGCAGCCAGCUAGUCAAUGUUUAUAUCUCAAAUAUUAGAGGCUUAAGAUAACAACUUAGCUUACUUGAGGACUUUGUGGGAGGAGGGGGUGUAAUGGAUAAUGUCUGGAACUACACAUAAUUCUCUAGCUUGUUUGCACAAACAGAAUCUUUUACUGUAUGAACAAAUGAAAUUUAAAGAUGUUACAAAGCAUUUGAAGUCCUGUAAAACCCUUUGUUGUUACAAUA